AUGUCUUCGUUUGGCCAGGUUUUCAGAGUUACUACCUACGGAGAGUCCCAUUGCAAGAGUGUAGGAUGUAUUGUGGAUGGUGUCCCACCAAAUAUGUCUUUGACUGAAGAGGAUAUUCAACCUCAAUUGACAAGAAGAAGACCUGGUCAGUCAAAGCUCACCACCCCAAGAGACGAGAAAGAUAGAGUAGAAAUACAAUCCGGUACGGAAAAUGGGAAGACUUUAGGUACUCCGAUUGGAAUGAUUGUUCGCAAUGAAGAUCAAAGGCCAAAGGACUACAAAGAGACUGACGUCUAUCCAAGACCCUCUCAUGCUGAUUACACCUAUCUUCAAAAAUAUGGGAUUAAAGCCUCCUCAGGUGGAGGAAGAUCUUCGGCUAGAGAGACUAUUGGUAGAGUGGCUGCCGGAGCAGUGGCUGAAAAAUUUCUUAAGCAGCUCAACAAUGUCGAGAUCGUGGCUUUUGUCUCCGCUGUUGGAGAUGUUUCUAUCAACAGAAAUCCUACCAAUCCUGAAUUUCAGAAUUUACUGCAAACAAUAACCAGGGAGACGGUUGAUGCCAACCAGCCAAUGAGGUGUCCAGUUGAGAGCGUGAGAGACCAGAUGGCAGAGAUUGUCACCAACUUCAAACACAAGCAGGACUCUAUCGGUGGUGUUGUUACCUGUGUUAUUCGAAACUGUCCAAUUGGAUUGGGAGAGCCAGCUUUUGACAAGUUGGAAGCUUUACUCGCCCACGCCAUGCUUUCUAUUCCAGCAACUAAGGGAUUUGAGAUUGGUAGUGGAUUUGAAGGUACUAGAAUUCCCGGUUCCCAGCACAAUGAUCCGUUCUACGUCGAAGACGGAAAGUUCAAAACUAGAACUAACAACUCUGGAGGGAUACAAGGUGGUAUUUCCAACGGGGAAAACAUCUAUUUCUCUGUUGCCUUCAAACCACCUGCUACCAUUUCUCAGGAACAGCAAACUGCUUCUUAUGAGGGUGUCGACGGUGUUCUAGCUGCAAAAGGUAGACAUGAUCCUAACGUCACCCCAAGAGCCGUGCCUAUUGUAGAAGCUAUGGCUGCCCUAGUCCUCGCGGACGCUGUAUUGAUUCAAAAGUCUAGAGAGUUUGCACUCAGUGUUGUUUCUUAA